CGCGGCGCAGAAGUGCAGGCGCUCGCCUGGCUAAGGCUGCGCGGGGCUGCCUCCCUAGCUCCCAGCUCCGCAGGCGGCCUGCGGGUCCUGACCGCCGCGUGCGCGGCCCGAGGUGAAGGCAGAAGCUGACCCGAGGCUCGGUGGCUGGCGCGGAUCUCGGUGUGACGUGUCUCCAGGUACUUCAUGGUGUUCUCCUCCAGCCUCUCCAUACCACUGUGCUACACAGCUCCUGAAACAUGGGGGAAAACGAAGACGAGAAGCAGAGCCAGGCCGGGCAGGUUUUUGAGAACUUUGUCCAGGCUUCCACGUGCAAAGGCACCCUCCAGGCCUUCAACAUCCUCACACGACAUCUGGACCUAGACCCUCUGGACCACAGGAAUUUUUAUUCCAAGCUCAAGUCCAAGGUGACCACCUGGAAAGCCAAAGCCCUGUGGUACAAACUGGACAAACGUGGAUCCCACAAGGAGUAUAAGCGAGGGAAGUCCUGUAUGAACACCAAGUGUCUCAUCAUUGGGGGAGGACCAUGUGGUUUGCGCACUGCCAUUGAACUUGCCUACCUGGGGGCCAAAGUGGUUGUGGUGGAGAAGAGGGACACCUUCUCCAGGAACAAUGUGCUGCACCUCUGGCCUUUCACCAUCCAUGACCUGCGGGGCCUGGGAGCCAAGAAGUUCUAUGGAAAGUUCUGCGCUGGCUCCAUCGACCACAUCAGCAUUCGUCAGUUGCAGCUCAUCCUAUUCAAGGUGGCCUUGAUGCUGGGAGUUGAAAUCCAUGUGAACGUGGAGUUUGUAAAGGUUCUAGAGCCUCCUGAAGAUCAAGAAAAUCAAAAGAUCGGCUGGCGGGCAGAAUUUCUCCCUGCGGACCACUCUCUGUCGGACUUUGAGUUUGACGUCAUCAUUGGUGCCGACGGCCGCAGGAACACGCUGGAAGGGUUCAGAAGGAAAGAAUUCCGUGGGAAGUUGGCUAUUGCCAUCACCGCCAACUUCAUAAACAGAAACAGCACAGCUGAGGCCAAGGUGGAAGAGAUCAGUGGUGUGGCUUUCAUCUUCAACCAGAAGUUUUUUCAGGACCUUAAAGAAGAAACAGGGAUUGAUCUUGAGAACAUUGUUUACUACAAGGACUGCACCCACUAUUUUGUCAUGACCGCCAAGAAGCAGAGCCUGCUUGACAAAGGUGUCAUCAUUAAUGACUACAUCGACACGGAGAUGCUGCUGUGCACAGAGAACGUGAACCAGGACAACCUGCUCUCCUACGCCCGUGAGGCCGCAGAUUUCGCCACCAAUUACCAGCUGCCAUCGUUAGACUUUGCUCUGAACCACUAUGGGCAGCCGGACGUGGCCAUGUUCGACUUUACCUCCAUGUACGCCUCCGAGAAUGCGGCCUUGGUGCGCGAGCGCCAGUCACACCAGCUCCUUGUGGCCCUGGUGGGCGACAGCUUGCUCGAGCCAUUUUGGCCCAUGGGUACAGGCUGUGCCCGAGGCUUCCUGGCAGCCUUUGACACAGCCUGGAUGGUGAAAAGCUGGGACCAGGGCACCCCUCCCCUGGAGCUGCUUGCUGAAAGAGAAAGUCUUUACCGGCUGUUACCUCAGACCACCCCGGAGAACAUCAACAAGAACUUUGAGCAGUACACGCUGGACCCAGGGACACGGUACCCAAAUCUCAACUCCAACUGUGUCAGGCCCCAUCAGGUGAAGCAUUUGUAUGUCACUAAGGAGUUGCACCAGUGCCCUCUCGAGAGGCUGGGCUCGGUGAGGAGAUCCAUGAGCCUCUCCAGGAGGGAGUUAGACAUCCGGCCCAGCAAGCUCUUAACCUGGUGCCAGCAGCAAACCGAGGGCUACCAGCAUGUCAACGUCACCGACCUGACCACAUCCUGGCGCAGCGGCCUGGCCCUGUGCGCCAUCAUCCACCGCUUCCGGCCUGAGCUGAUCAACUUUGACUCUCUGAACGAAGAUGACGCUGUGGAGAACAACCAACUGGCAUUUGACGUGGCCGAGCGCGAGUUUGGCAUCCCCCCAGUGACCACGGGCAAGGAGAUGGCGUCAGCCCAGGAGCCUGACCAGCUCAGCAUGGUCAUGUACCUCUCCAAGUUCUAUGAGCUCUUCCGAGGCACCCCGCUGAGGCCUGCGGAUUCUUGGGGCAAAAACUAUGGAGAAAAUGCAGACCUCAGCUUGGCCAAAUCCUCCAUUUCUCAUAACUAUCUCAACCUCACAUUUCCAAGAAAGAGGACUCCACGGGUGGACACCCAGACUGAAGACAGCGACAUGAACAAACGGAGGCGGAAAGGCUUCAACAACCUGGAUGAGCCUUCAGCCUAUCCCAGCCGCAGCCUGCGCUGCAGUCCAGAGGGCGGCAGCGGGAGAGAAGGGGGAGGCCAGAACAAGGUCAAGUCCAUGGCAAGUCAGCUGCUGGCCAAGUUCGAGGAGAGCUCUCGGAACCCCUCGCUCCUGAGGCAGGCAAAGAAGUCACCUUCAGGUUUCCAUUUCCAUCCCAGCCACUUAAGAACAGUGCGGCCUCAGCUGACGGUAGGGAAAGUAUCCAGCGGAAUAGGGGCUGCAGCUGAAGUCCUGGUCAAUCUGUACAUGAAUGAUCACAGACCUAAGACCCAGGCCACCUCUCCAGACCUGGAAUCCAUGCGGAAGGUGCUCCCCCUGAGUCUGGGCGGCAGCGACACCUGUCACUUCUGCAAGAAGCGCGUGUACGUGAUGGAGCGGCUGAGCGCAGAGGGCCACUUCUUCCACCGAGAGUGUUUCCGCUGCAGCGUCUGUGCCACCACCCUGCGCCUGGCCGCCUACGCCUUCGACAGCGACGAAGGCAAGUUUUUCUGCAAGCCUCAUUUCAUUCACUGUAAGACCAACAGCCAGCAAAGGAAGAGACGAGCAGCGUUGAAGCAACAAAGAGAGGAGGCGGGACCGUGGAAAGAGCCGGAGGCCCCUCGGCGGGACGCUCCCGUGGAAAGUUCUUGCGCGGCUGCUGCUGUUGGUGCCCCCGAAGGCAGCCCUCCAGGUAUCACCAAUUCCUUCUUUAGGAAGGCACUAAGCUGGCCCCUCGUGCUGCCGGGGGGCCUGCUUCACGUUCCCCGGAGCCUGCUUAACUGGAUUCGGGGACUCCUGCGAGCAGCCGGCCUUCAUUUCAGGGACAAUGCUUAUAACUACUGCUAUACGUAUGAGCUCCUGAGCCUCGGGCUGCCGCUCCUCUGGGUGUUCUCUGAGGUCCUGGCUUCCAUGUACCGGGAGUCUGAGGAGUCCUUGGAGACCAUCCGCAACUGGGUGCUCAGAUGCUUCCCGGUGAAGCUCCACUGAAAUGCCAACCACCCCACAGCGCCCUCACAUUUCCAGUUUAGACGGAAGCGUGUUGGCAGUUAGCCAAGGCUCUGGCCGGGAAGCCUAGCGUUCUCUAGCCAAUUCGCUCAAAGCCAAAGAGUUGCACACUGGCCACCCGCGCCUGACUCCGUCAGGGUGGACAUCUGCUCCUGGUGCCGGAGCCAGACGACAUGAAGGAUGUUUUUUAUAGCUUUGUACUUCUUUUAUACCAAAGUGAGCCAUAGUUCUAGGUUUACAUUUCAAUUUUUGAAACUUUUAAUAAGCCAAGAGAAAGCAUUUUUUUUCCCUACGAGUGUCAUUUUUUGUAAACACGGUUUGAAGUUUGUAACUGGUGUCACGAAUCCCUUCCACAGUGCGGUCCAUGGUCAUGGUCGCUGCCCGCGACACUAAUGAUUUGGGCUUUUUAUAGAAACAGAAGCGAGUGUGCCACCUCCUGACCAGUGCCUUUUGCUGUAUGUACCCUGAUGCCACUUGUCCACAGGGGACAGCGUUUUGGCACCACGAAAGACUCAGCAGUUUAGAAGAAAAGAGUAGAUCAGAGUAGAAUUAAACCACAUGGAGACACACGGCAGUAUGUAGUUGGCUGUGAUCUGCCCUCCCACAGGGAGGGGGCCUGUUUUGCACCCUUGUUUAGAUGUAAAAUUAGUAGCUUAAAGGUUUUUCCCCUCAUCACCAGCCAAAUGACCGUGGGGUUUCCUGCAGAUUGCUACAAACAUACACUGUCCCUUCCCAUGAACAAGCAGUGCCUGCAAGGCCCCGUGGCCCCUGGCCGAGCGGAGCUCUGGCGAACUGGUGCAUUGCAGGAGAGGAGCUCUGCCCCCCUGCCCCGCCCCCCCCGCCUGGGGCCCCCGAUCUGGUCCUCAGCCCAGGCUGCAGACUGAGCCAAGGCCACUCAGGGUCCAUAACGGUCAGGCUGAGGGAAGAAUCUGCCCUCUCGUAUCACCUGCUAUGGGACUGAGGCCGUUUGUUAGCACCUCAGGGUAUAGGAUUUCUGGGAAGCGUGACCUGCCCGAGGAGCCCUGCUUACAGACAUCCUGGCUGCUUAGCCCCUCGGCUGCCAUGCAUAUUUGGUCAGAGCAGCCAGAAACCAUUUGUUUUCUCGCUGUCCUAGCAAAGGAAUGUGUCUGACCUCCUGUGUCUUGACUGGCAGGGGAGGCAGGGAGUGGAAGCUGUUUGUUGACUGAUACAAAAGAAAUAUGCCCUAUUAAGGGCAAAAACAGGCCUUGGGCCUACCUGUGUUCUUCACUCUGGGCUUCCUGGGGAGGCCUCCGCUCCCCGCACCCUGCUCUGCCCGGACGAGUGCCGCUGCUGGGUCUGCUUGAACAAGGCAGAGGCCUUCCAACAUGCUCAGGAUAUCGAGAGUCACCAGGCUGGAGAUGGCUGUGUGCACUUGUGACCCUAGAGAUCUCCUCUAGAUUAAGGAAGGAUGGAACCCGGGGUGCGUUAGGAGCCAGGGUGCUCGAGAGCGUGGAGAUGACAAGUUUCUAUAGGGCAGGACGAAGGGGAGAGGCAUUUCUACAAACCCUUCCUUGAAGUCCUUGGAGAAAGCAGGGGCCUGGCUGUGGCCCAGCCCGUGGGAACUGGCACCUCUGUCCUCGUUGGAACCGUUCUCAGUCUGUUGACUUGCGCUGGGUUUUUCCAAAUUUUUGCUGCAAUUUUAAUAUUCAGCAUGGUGGGAGGAGCCCUGGAUUCAUGCUAUGUUUGAUUCUAAAAGGAAAUUUUGAGGUCAUGACGUGAACGCAUGCACAGCCAUGUCACUGCUCCUGUCUUCAGCUCAGGGUGGGCUGAGACGCUUUGUGGAGUGCUCCAUGAAGCCAGAGUUAGACUCUCGGAGAAUGUCAUUUAUGGCCAUAAAGAGACUGGUUUGAAUUAUUCUGGGGAGACAGGGUGUGCCUGUCAGAAGCCUGAGAUGUUUGUAUGUUCUGAGGCUGUGAACCUUCCUGGUGGUCAGAACCGAAACGCAUGGUGGAUCCCAGGAGGCAGACACCUCUUGGCCUCCACAGCAUAUUCAAGAAUGAGUGUGGGACACGGGAGUAAAACAGGGGAAAAGAGAUAUCAGCGGGGUGGGUGGGCAGGGGGUCCUGAGGACGCGUGUCGCUCUGAGGGAAGAGCGUUGGCCUAGGCCAGCUACACGCAUCCACUCUUGCAGAUGAGUAGGCGGUCACUACCAGCAAGGUUCAUCUGUCCCAAGCAAGCAAUGAUUUGUCCGGGGAAGUUUCCCUUUUAUCAAUGGUGGCCUCAUCUUCAAUUCCCGUGCCUUUUGUGUUAUCAGUCUUUUUUCCUGCCCCCCCACCCCCGCCCUGGCCCCGAACUAAAUUCUCCUUUCUGUCUCUCUCUUUCCAACCUUACACUGUGGCUACCAGUUCAUUUCAGCCUUCCAGUGCUACACCCACUUCUUGGCUGACGCACUUCUGCUCGGAGGUGACUGGUUUUCUUGCCAAUUUUCAGAGAGAGGUACUAACGCCUAACGUGCUCUCCGUGCCCCGUCCUCCCCAGCGCGGUCCCGGUUGUGCUAACUGCGAGCAUCUUGCGUACUAACAGACUCAUUCCAUGGCAUGGGGGUUUAGCAACGUGGGGUGGUGUUCCGCUCGAAAGCCAUGUUUGACUCUACUUACCUCUGAGCCGGCCGCCAGGUCUACACCGGCUGCAUGCCCCGCCUCCCCGCGGCUCCCCUUGCGGCCUGCAUGCAUACCUUUCCCCUCGCGAAACCACUUCCCUUCCUGGGACGCUUCCCCCAGCUGUGAGAUGGCAGACUAGAGAGGGCUCUGUCACCUUGGAAAAGAACUUUGAUCUGGUAGCCGCUGAAAAAGUACAUGCAAACAAAGCGUUCUUAAAUUGAUUCUAGUAUAAAGAUUAUCGAUCAAAACCAUGGGUGACUCUUUCAGGAAGGGUUGAAAAAGAAACCGUGCUCCCAGCCUUCAUCAGAGGCUUGACCCAUGCUUUGUAUUUUGAACACACAAUCACAAGGUUCCUGGCAAAUCCUUUCUCUACCACAGCCUUUACCUUAGACACAAGGGCUUUGCUGUGGCUCUUCUUACUGUUCUUGGCUCAUAACGCCCCAGAUGAUGCAGAAGCUUCCACCGGAGCAAUCAUUGUCCCAGGCCAGCGGUGGCUGUGAGACAUGACUCUGCUCAGCCCGGGCCUGGUGUCCAUGCCCCCGUGGCUCUGCUCAGACGACAUGUGCCCGCUGACUCAUUACUUAGAGCAGCAAGACGUUCAAAGUGCUUUUAGAGAGAGGGGCGCCGUGCCGAGGCCGGUGGAGCUGCUGGGCGCCGGGCCUCGGGGUCUCAGGCGGAAGGUGGCGUCUGUCCUGCAUGUGGCCCAGAGCCACGCUGACCUCUCGGCCUGUCUGCACAGCCCUGCAUGCUGCAUUGCUCACGGCACUGGUGCAGAGUCUAGCCAGUACGAAGUCAUCGCUCUUGUCUUGUCUUCUCUUGCAGCGUCUCCCUCCCUUUAUAGAAUGUCAACCAGAGAGGGCCCUCCUUCCUUCUCAGCCUUCUCUUGAGCUAGCCCCCACCCCACCCAUCUCCUCGCAACGCAUGUCUGCGACCUCUAAUAGUCCUUUACAGUGCCACACGGGACCCUGUAUUUUGCACACAGCAAACGAUGUUUAGCUUUAUUUAUGGUAUUUGAUGCUGUAAAUGAAAAUAAAUAUGGUUCUUUAUAAA